AUGACCUCCACGAACGCCCCGGAGACAAUCUCCGCAGACAACCUCGCGGUCCUGCCCCCCAUUUUGACAGAUGCCACUGUCAAGCCGUCACCAAGCGCUAAAGACCGGUUAUCCACAUACUCGAAUGUCUCCUUCCAACAUCGCUCGCGACCGGGCUCCCACGUGUUCCCGCUCUUCCAUUCCAGUCUGCCGUAUACUCUUGUUCGAGACUUCGCCUACCCGUCGAUCCAUCCCAUGCACUAUGGUCCAACUCCCCUGGCCUCUGGGGGUUCCACACCAGCGAGCGAGUACCGCCGUUUGUCUGAUCUGCCGGGCUCGUGGGAUACCUCGCGGGGUCCGUGGGCUUCUGGCCCAUGGAGCAACGAGACCAGCCAAAACCCUGGCCCGGUUCAGGGCCAUCAACAAUUGCCAGCCAUGUCAUUUGGAGACGGGCCCCCAUACAGUGAAGAUGAAGAUUUGCACAGCCCAGUGGUGACAACGGCGCGCCAGCGAAAGAAGUCCACCGGUACCGGUUCAAAUGGCAUGACGGAUGAACACAUGGCGGAGGCUGCAGAUCGCGGCAUGUUCAUUAGCACGAACCCUGAUGGCAGUGAGACAUAUUACGUCAAUGGCGAUGAUGCAAUGGAUGAUGGUCCCGGUGGAGAAUAUAUCACAUACCCGAUCAACGAAGGGCGAUACUCUCAUUACGAUACCCAGCAAGGCCAUGCACCCGACGCCGGAUUUGAGUCAAAUGAAAACGGAGACCGGUAUGCGAAUGAUUAUCAGUUCGCUGUCGGUUGUCCGGACGAGGAAAUGCAUGGGAAGGCCGUGGCUCUUUUCGAUUUCGCCCGCGAACACGAGAAUGAGUUGCCUCUCACCGAGGGCCAGGUGAUCUACGUCUCCUACCGACAUGGCCAUGGCUGGUUAGUUGCCGAGGAUCCAAAGACUGGAGAGAACGGUCUUGUCCCCGAGGAAUUUGUGAGGCUUCUUCGAGACAUUGAAGGGGGUUUGACCUCGUUGAACGGGGAGCCUGCCCUGGACUUGACAGAGGGCAGCGCCUCGAUCGACAUGAGCGAAGAUGAUCGCACUUCAACACCGACGCAGAGUGAUCCAAAGGAUGCCAAUGGUGACACUACGAUGAGCCUCUCCACUGAAGCCACGAAUGAGCCCAGUCAGCCAACUGGUCGUUCCGCUGGUACCCGUACAAGCAUGUUUUCAAAGACCUGA